CACUGCCGCCCUGUUGAUGGGUUUCACCAUGAGCGCGCCGAACAAAUCCUCAGUGAAAAGAAUCGGCUCCAAAAAUAAGCUGGAAAAGCUAUUAAAGGAGAGAAAAGGCACCUUUCCACUUCUGAUCAAGACGUCACGACCGGAGGCCUUCCCUCACCCUCACAGACUCCCAACAGAAGGCAACCGUCUUGGAACAAACCGACCCUGCUCACAGAAAUUCGGCCCUGGUGUAGGGACCCUGCCUCAGCUUGAGCCACCGGUGGUCCAGGUGGUGGUCAGCAAUGCCAAAAACCAACAUCAGCAGUCGGAAAACAUCCUGCCCCAAAUUGCCAACAAAGGGGGCCAAAACAACUACCAGACACACCCGGAUGAGAGAUCGAAGCCCACCCAGCAGUUCAGCAUGCGUAUUGGUGCAGCAAUGGAUAAAGUGUCGAUCUCCCGCAACAGCAAGAUUUCCAGUAACAAGCUGGAGAAAGAGAAGGCAUAUGAGGGACAAAAGUUACCCAUGUCCCCCAUAGAGGCACUGAAGAACUUCAAGGACCGGCUGACAGAGUUUGAGCAGGAGGAAAUCAUGGACUAUGCAGAGAUCUGGUUCCUUGGUCUGGGUUCUCAGAAGAUCGAGGGUUCCCAAGGCACACCGCAGAACUCUGGAUAUGAUGACGAGCAUGGAAGCUACGUCAGGGUGCUGCAUGACCAUAUUGGAUACAGGUUUGAAGUGCUUGAAGUGAUUGGGAAAGGCUCCUUUGGGCAGGUCCUGAAAUGCCUGGACCACAAGAACGGUGAACUCGUAGCCAUUAAGAUGAUACGCAAUAAGAAAAGGUUUCAUCACCAAGCUCUGGUUGAGCUGAAGAUCCUGGAUGUGAUAAAAAGGAAAGACAAAGACAACCUCCACAACGUCAUCCACAUGAAGGAGUACUUUUACUUCCGAAAUCACCUCUGCAUCUCCUUCGAGCUUCUCGGAGUGAACUUGUACGAGCUCAUCAAAAAAAACAACUUCCAGGGCUUCAGCAUCGCUCUCAUCCGUCGGUUCACCCAUGCGCUUCUCAGGUGCCUGCAGAUGCUGCACAGGGAAAAGAUAAUCCACUGUGACCUCAAACCGGAGAACAUCCUUCUGUCUCAGAGAGGGCCAGGGAACAUCAAGGUGGUUGACUUUGGAUCAAGCUGUUAUGAACAACAAAGAGUGUACACCUACAUCCAGAGUCGCUUCUACCGCUCUCCAGAGGUCAUCCUUGGUCACCCAUACAGCAUGGCCAUUGACAUGUGGAGUCUGGGUUGCAUCCUUGCUGAGCUCUACACAGGCUAUCCUAUCUUCCCAGGAGAGAGCGAAGUGGAGCAGAUAGCCUGCAUAAUGGAGGUUAUUGGGAUGCCUCCAAAUGAUUUUGUUCAGUCAGCUGCGAGGAGGAGGCUUUUCUUUGACUCAAAAGGAAACCCCAGAAACAUCACCAAUAGCAAGGGGAAGAAGAGGAGACCCAACACUAAGGAGCUGUCAGCUGCGUUGAAAACAAAUGACGUUUUGUUCUUAGACUUCAUCAAACGCUGCCUCACUUGGGACCCAACUAAACGUAUGAGUCCAGACGAGGGGCUUCAGCACGAGUGGAUCCUGGAGGGGAAUUUCAACAAAGUCCGACCAAGAACCAAGCAAACAGUGAAGAAGGUCUCAGACAGUUCGACCAGCAAGCCUGUGGAGAAGGGCAGCUCAGAAAGCAGCACUACUGACAAGCUGAAGAAAGACAGCACAGCAACAGCAACAAAGAUGGCCCCUGCCGAGCGUCUGCGGCCCAUUGGGGCCUCAGCGGAGGAGGAGGUGUGUGAGAAUGAGAGAAAGCUGUCCACGGAUACCAAGCAGCAAGAAGGAGGUGGAGAGAGGCCCGUUCACAUCAUCAUCAAGCCUCAAGAGGAAGUGGGCCCAGAGAGAAAAGAUAGCCACGAGCUGUCUCAGUAUUUGCCCCCUAUCAUGUAA